CUGCCUUCAGAAUGCUCCAUUAUCAAAACCCUGUUCACUGUAGACACUAGACAAGCAGUGGGCAGACAAACUAUCUCAAGCAAGAAAGGGUUUUCUACCAGCAGCUGGAACUAAAUCUAGGACUCUUCUGCUUGGACAGUUUACAAGGUAAAGAUCUAUUUCAAGUCGGUUUAGAAUGAACACAAGCUUUUACUAGAAAACCAGAGGAUGUCUCUUUUUAAUUGAUUCUUAUUAAAAACGUGUGUUUUUUAGAAGUCCCUUUGAUUUCAAUGAAAUCUUCCUUGGAAUUUAUUUCACCGAAUGAAAUAGGAAUUGAUUUGAUUCUGCAUAAUGUGUUUCAAGUCAAGGUGAAGUACGGUAAUUAAGGAACAUCCCCGUAAACAUGUUUUAAAUAGUGCAGUCAAGGGUCUUGCCCCAUACUAAAAACCAGUUCUGAUUUAUUCUUACUUUGGGUUUUCAUACUUUUACUGAUUUAUUUAUGGGAUCCUUUUUGUGACCCAUCUUGAGUGUCUCAUAAAUUUUCCCAAGAAAGAGCAGCAGUUAGAUACACCCACAUGCAAUCAAUAUACCUUAACAGGUAUGGGGAUGUGACUAUGUGAUGAGAAAAGAGGAGGAAUUUAAAUGCAAGUCACUCCUGAGCGGACAUAUGUUAACAAAUAACCCAUCACACACUGCUUUCCCUGGAUGGGCCACAAUCCUAUCUGCACAUUUGCCAAGGAAUGAGUCCUGUUGAGCUCAGUGGGACUUACUUCUGAAUAGGCAUGUUAAUAGGAUCACGUGCUGUGAAUCAACCCACUACCUAUACCUUAACCAAAAUAUUAUUUUCCUGAUGUUUGGGUGGCUUGUGAUAUUUCCCUUUAACAAAGAUUGUUGACAGAGAUUCCCCAGAAACUGCGCCCAUCGUGUAUGGGUAUAGCCAGGGGUCAUUCAAUUAAAUAAAUAAAAAUACUUAACUAAAAGUAGAAAUUGUAGAAAUAUUUUGAUAGAUGUUUCUGAGCAUGGGGGGGAGGGGCAAAAGAAAGUAAUUUUAAACAACUCUUGUUGAGACAUUUCAUUCUGAAUCUGCUAGCCAGAGCCAGGCAGAAGUUGAUGACAGGUGGGUGCCCUGCCCCCCACCAACAUAAAUCCUGGCAAUGCCCAUGACGUCGUGGUUCACCCUUGAGUUUAGAAUACCCCCCCCCCCAAUUAAAAUUGGAGCGAUUAGUUCAAUGGGAGCAGAAGAGACCCUCGCUUUUCCGCAGCUUGCUGUUUUCAUUUGCACCUAACCUGGCUGUGCGCCCGGGAAAAGAUCAAAGCGGAGCGUAAAGAUAUAGUAAAGAGGCUUGGCAGGGUUUUUACCCCGCAAAUCACGCUUGCUUGGCUAGGGGGCGUGUGUGUUUUCCUCUUCUCCUUUUCCCCUCCCACUUAUCCCUGGGUUUCCCGACGGCGCACAGCCCUGCGCUCAACAGACGGCCGGGCUGCUUCGCCGCCUGGUGCGCUCAGGGUGGGCGCACGUGUUUGGGGCUGCCUGGGAUUGGCCGCGACGGGGAUCCGGCGGGCGCUGCCACCUGGCGGGCUUGCUGAUCCCGUAUCCGGAAGCUUUCUCUCUCUCUCCCGUCCUUUUAGACCCAAGGCGGCGGCGUGCGCACCAGUCUCCUCGGGCAGCGGUCAUGGGUAGGCGCAGCGCCUGGGAGCUGUGGGUCCUGGCGCUCUUCUUGCUCCGCUUCGGCGCAGCGCUGGAGCCCAGCAGCGCCUCUCCGGCGCGCCUCGAGGGGGAGGCCGGGCGCAGCAGCCCCGCCGCUGGCGCUGGGGAGAGCAGCGUCGCCCCGAUCGCCGCCGGAGAGCAGCUGGAGGAAGAGGACACCGGUAGCUCCAACCUCUCCAAAGUGGUGGCGCCCGGGAAGGGCGACCGAGGGUCGUACCCGCCGUGCGCUAGGAAGACGGACAUCGCCGAGGCGUUCAAGUAUAUCAACACGGUGGUGGCUUGCGCCGUCUUCGUGCUGGGCAUCAUCGGCAACUCCACGCUGCUGCGGAUCAUCUACAAGAACAAAUGCAUGAGGAACGGCCCCAACAUCCUCAUCGCCAGCCUGGCGCUGGGAGACCUGCUGCUCAUCAUCAUCGACAUCCCCAUCAAUUUGUACAAGGUAAGCGGCGGCAGACAGCAAGGCGCGCGGUUGGUGGCGUGGGAGCAGCAGAGCGGCAGACCUAAGCAGGAGGACUCCGGCGACUUCUUCUUGUUUCCUUUCUCUCCCCCUCACCCCCGAAAUUUUUAUUAAAGUUUUAAGUAGACAAUAGAAUUAUAUCUAGAACCAGUGCUUUCCCCAAAUUGGGAAAAAUAAAUACAGUAAAUGGACAAAAGUACAAAGUUUCACAAAAUGUUUAGGGAUAUGCAUACCCCCAGAAAAAAGCACUGUCUAGAACAAAUGAAGUCAGAAAUAGAAAGAAAGAAAGGAAAGGAAAGGAAAGGAAAGGAAAGGAAAGGAAAAAAGGGGGGGAAAUCGUUCCAGUUCCUUAUAGACCAAUUAUGUUUGUUAUUGGUAUGAGCUUUCGUGUGCAUGCACACUCCUCUAAGGUGCUACUGGAAAGAAAAAAAGAAAAGAGAGGGAAAAGACGAUAGAUAGAUCUAUCUCCCUCUCCCUCUAUUCUAUUUACAGUGGUACCUCAGGUUACAGACGCUUCAGGUUACAUACGCUUCAGGUUACAGACUCCGCUAACCCAGAAAUAUUGCUUCAGGUUAAGAACUUUGCUUCAGGAUGAGAACAGAAAUCGUGCUCCAGCGGCGCGGCAGCAGCGGGAGGCCCCAUUAGCUAAAGUGGUGCUUCAGGUUAAGAACAGUUUCAGGUUAAGUACGGACCUCCAGAACGAAUUAAGUACUUAACCUGAGGUACCACUGUAUACUCUAAUCUUCAGUCCACAUACAAAGAAGUGAGUCUGCCCGCCCAACCAGGGACGUUUUCCUCUUAGCCUCACAUCCUCAGAAAAGCCCACUCUUGCCUGUCUCCCACACAGGCUCCUCUCUUCUAACCAUCACCCCUCUCUCUGUAUGUAGCUUCAUUUAUGCAAAGGACAUUAAUAAGAGAGCUACCAGAAAUUAGCAAUCAUAAAAACGUUGUUGAUUCCUUUUGAGGAUGCUGGGCUUUAAUUUGAAAUCGCUCUGUAAUCUGAGUUUGAGGGACUUGGGUGGUAAUAAAGAGGUGGCCUCUGAGGAUGUGCAGAGUACAUCACAGGCCUUACUCAUUAAUGGUGGCCGACCCAUGCAUGCUUGCCGUUGAAAGGGCAGAGCUUCUCGGGCGGAGAAUUGCGGAGUUUACGCACAGGAUCCUUGCAUCCAUUAAAACAGAGGAGUGGUUUAAGUAGAAUUAACAGUGCAGUCCUGUACAUGCUUAUUCUGAAGAAAGUUCCACCGUAUUCACUGAGGCUUACAUCCCAGAAUUGCAGCCUAAGUCUUCUAAACAGUCUCGGUCGUAAAAUGUUAAAGCUCUAAAAAGAACCUACAUUGCUGCUAAGGGUUGCAAGUGGCUCAAAAUUAAAAUGAGUAAACAGCCAUUUGUGGGGGGUUUUGAACAAUUGAUUUGUCAAAAUUUAUCUUUUGUGCCAUGAAAAUAAAUAAAAACAGUAUUAAUUUUUAAAAAACAAAAAAGGGUUUUUACAGUGAGAGGUGCUACUCAAGAGCACUCAAAAGGUUAUACACUCUGCCCUGGAAACUCUUUUGUCUAAUAACGGAUAGGCUGGGGUUGGCAGCACUUAGUAGUGAGAGAAAGGAACUCUGCACACGGUCAGAGGCAUUAUCUACUUUAUCAUCUCUUCAGGAGUUCUAGGUCUGAACCCUUCUGUUGAAACCUGGUUUCUGAGUCUUGGUAAGAACUGCUUGUUUUGGGCUGCAAUCCUGUGCACACUUUCUUUGGUGUAAGUCCCAUUACACUCAGUAGGGCUUGCCUCUGAGUAAAUGGGUGCUGGUAUGAAUUGUCAUGAGAACUGGGGUGCGCUUCAUGAGGUGUGCAGAAACAUUCACUCAGCCGGGAGAAAGAUGAGUGUAUAAUUCUUUGUAAUCACUGGGUCUUAAAGAGUGCUUAACUCUGGUUGGAUUUCAUUCACAUUGUACUGUAUUUCACACUAUGCAAAACAAAACUGAGGAACUUUCUGCUGUGAUAUUGAAUAACACGAAUAUUCAUAUUGAGGAUUUAUUACAGGGCAGAGGAUAUAUUUAAGAGCCUUGAAUUUAAAAAAGUAGACAAAUUCAUGAAAGACGGAAACAUCACUGAAUAAUGUCUCAAAAACUCAAAUUCCCCUGGAGUUUAGACGGCAGUCCUAAUCCCAUUUAUUCUAGAGUAAGCCCCAUUGUGGGACGCGGGUGGCGCUGUGGGUUAAACCUUAGAGCCUAGGGCUUGCCAAUCAGAAGGUUGGCGGUUCGAAUCCCCACAACGGGGUGAGCUCCCGUUGCUUGGUCCCUGCUCCUGCCAACCUAGCAGUUUGAAAGCACGUCAAAGUGCAAGUAGAUAAAUAGGUACCGCUCCAGCGGGAAGGUAAACGGUGUUUCCGUGCUCUGCUGGCCACAUGACCUGGAAGCUGUACGCUGGCUCCCUCAGCCAAUAAAGCGAGAUGAGCGCCGCAACCCCAGAGUCAGCCACGACUGGACCUAAUGGUCAGGGGUCGUUUUACCUUUACCUUUAAGCCCCUUUGCAUUCUGUUAAACUUACUUCUGAGGAGAUAUGGUUAGGAUUACACUGUUACGAGAUAUACACAGGCUUAUCUGAUACCCCAGGCAAUGAAGGUGAUCUGCUGAGACUGGACUGCCCAUAAUAAUAAUAAUAAUAAUAAUAAUAAUUUAUUAUUUAUACCCCGCCCAUCUGGCUGGGCCUCCCCAGCCACUCUGGGCGGCUUCCCAAAAAAUAUUAAAAUGCUAUAAUACAUCAAACAUUAAAAGCUUCCCUAAACAGGGCUGCCUUCAGAUGUCUUCUAAAAGUCUGGUAGUUGUUGUUCUCUUUGACAUCUGGUGGGAGGACGUUCCACAGGGAGUAUUUGAAGAUAUUUGAAUAUGAAUAAUAGGGCAGGGGUCGGCUUCAUGCUAGGGUCCCCGGCUGGGGUCUUGGGGAGAGGCAGCAAACCUUGAGGCAUGUGGCUUGGCUCACUCGCUUGAGUCAGUCAUGGCCUCUGCAAUUUUGACAAGUUUGACAAGGGCGAGAGCUACGUUUGGGCAAUCCUGGUUUGUGGAAGUUGCGUUUUAUCAAUCUUUUUUAUGAGGUCCCAUUGAGGUUCAGUUUGGCUGAUGGUAGGAUAUAUGACGCUGAUGCACUGACCAUUGGUUUGGCCCACCAUUGCCCCAUAGUAUUUGAAAUCAACUGAGCCACCAUGAUACUAAUCACAUUCCUUGACCAACAACUCUUUGGCCAUUUCCUUCCGAAGUCCGUCCCAUUCUCAGCUGGUGUCAUUGGACAGUUUGGUUGACUCACGUCUUGCUGGGACAGAACAGAUCCUCAGUACGUGUGCAAAGGAAGUGUCACUGACCACAGUGACCAUCCCAGCCACAAUUCAAAGCUUGCCAGUUUUGUUCAUGCUCCCAGCCCUUCCCACAUUUGACAGAGGUUUAAUGCACACCCAAAAAAGCCUUAAUGGGGGCUUCCUGAACAACAGCAUCCUAUUUCCUAAACCAAUCCUGAAACUAUUUCAGUAGUUGCCCUUGUAGUUUCUUUUGCAGUUGUUGAAUUCCCAGAAAUAAAGUCCGUUUCGCUUGCUAGCUGAUGCUUAGUGUUGUUUGUCAAAUAAAAACAAACGCUCCCAUUGUCACAGAUAUAUGCAGAUCUGUUUGACUCCGCAUGUUGAAUUUCCUGUACAAAAGCAGCAAGAGCUCAGAAUUGCUUUGCUCACAAAUUCCACCCCCCUUGGCUUCCAUCGCUGCAAAGCUCAUUCAGCGCUCUCAGAAAAGCAGCGUCAUCAUUCGUUCAUGCAGUUUUCUAGGGCAGUGACUAAGGAGAGGGGGACCUGCCACGUGGAGAGAGCGAGGAAGAACUUCUCAUAGAACAGUGUCGUGGGGUUGAAAGGGACCUCGAGGGUCAUCUAGUCCAACCCCCUGCUGGUGCAGGCCAUUUGCUGCCACAGCAUCCGUCUCAAGUAACCUAGCAUCCUUUGACUUCUGGGGUGUCAGCAACACUUCACACUGACUAGGGUGCUCCACAUUCCAUUCAGUGCAACGUUUUUACAGUCGUACCCAUUCUGGAAGUCUGUUACAACUUCCAGAACGUUCGGAAGCCAAAGCAUGGCUUCUGAUUGGCUGUAGGAAGCUCCUGCAGCCAAUCAGAAGGCGUGGAAGCGCCAUUGGACGUUCGGUCAGAACACUCACUUCCAGGUUUCCAUCGUUCAGGAGCCGAAAUGUAGGAGUACCAAAGUGUUCGACAACCAAGGUACAACUGUAUUUUUUUAGUACAGUAAGUAAAUGUAUAGUCAGACGUUGGCAGAAUUGGAGGAAAGUGCCACAAAAUGCUUUUGUGUUUCUCCUGGAUGAUGUUUUAGAGGAGUAGAGAUCAAAUACAGAUUACCAUUUCUACCAUGCUGUAAUUUACCGGUAAACCCAUUUCCUGCAUUAUUGCAAAGUGGUGAUAAUUUUUAAAAUAUUUCUGCACCAGAGAUGGGAAUUCCUUUUUUUAUUAUUAUUAUUCAAGCCCAGGGGUUCCCUUAUAGACAAUUUCCCAAGGGCCACAUAUUAGUGUUGGGCAGGGAGAGACAGAGGCAGAAGUGGACAGACGGAACAAACAUUACAAGAAAGGAGAUUCCGACUGAACAUCAGGAAGAACUUUCUGAUGGUGUAAGCUGCUAGACAUUGGAAUGGACUUCCUUGGAAGGUGGUGGACUCUCCUUCAUUGGAGGGUUUUAAGCAGAGAUUGGAUGGCCAUCACUUAACUCAGGCAGCGCAGAGCCAAUGAGAGACAUGGCCUUGGAGAAGGAGCAGAGACUGGGAAUAAUCCCAGGCUGGAUAGAGGGGGGGCCCUGAGGUUUACAUCCCCUCUUCUGCAGCAUACAAUAGGAAUGGGGAACAGUGACCCUUCAGGGGCUGUUAGACUACAACUCCCAUCAUCCCUUCUAUUGGCAAAAGCUAAUUGAAUUUCCAUGAAUUUUUAUGAGUCUGCUUCUUUUUGAUGUUGCCCUCCAGUCUUCAUUCACAGACCGAUCCGGAUGUGAGAUUAUCAUGAGUGCUUUCAGCUGAGACCGCUGUAUUAAUUUAAUCAGUUAUCUUGGGGAGACUCAGAAUAGAUUCACACACACCCCUUUCUUUUCACAUUGGUACCUCGGGUUACAUACACUUCAGGCUACAUACGCUUCAGGUUACAUACUCCACUAACCCAGAAAUAGUACCUCGGGUUAAGAACUUUGCUUCAGGAUGAGAACAGAAAUUGUGCUCCAGCAGCGCAGCAGCAGCAGGAGGCCCCAUUAGCUAAAGUGGUGCUUCAGGUUAAGAACAGUUUCAGGUUAAGAAUGGACCUCCGGAACGAAUUAAGUACUUAACCCGAGGUUCCACUGUACUCAUUAUAAUAACUUCUGGGCAUCCCUAUUUCAGAAUAUGGUAGAGUAUCGCAGUGUGUGCAGACCAUUCCUGUUAUCCUCUCUGACCAGUUCUGAACCGAUUUGCUAAAUUCAACCUUUUAUUCAUGAUAUACAUCAAACCUCAGCAAUAUCUCUUUAAAUGAGCACUUCACAGCUUUGAAAGGUAUACACACAAAAUGAAUUCAAACAGGAUAGUUAGAAGCCUAUGUUUUUCAAAGCACAUCUAUCAGGAAUGGAAGUUUACUCCAGACUGGAUUUCUUAUGGCUCCCUGUUAGGUUGGAAAUCAUGUGUUUGCAGCUACAUAAAGUGUGAAGCUAUGCUUGUUUGCAGUGGCUUCAUGGUUAUUAUCCAGUGCUCUUAAAUCUUUCUGUAUCCCUUAUCUGCAUAUCACUCCACACAAGCUUAUCUUUUAUCAUCCCCUUCUGUCUCCUUCUCCCACUCCUGUCUCCAUGCUUUUGCCCUUUGCCUUUUAACAGCUUCCCACUUCUCUGUGUCCAUCAAAACCCUUCCUUCUUCUUCCCAAGUUCCAUAUUUUCAGCACAGUAUUUCUAACACUGCCUUAGCCUCUUCCUUUCUUCUGUUUCACUGCUGCCAAGCUUCUUCCCUAUCCCAUCCUCUCUAGGAUUUGCCAAGUUUCAGUGCCUGGCUCCUUUUCCAGCUUGAAAUAAUUUUCUUUAAAAAAAAUAUUAUUAGAUUUUCCAUAAUAAUAACAUAAACCACAAAGCAGAAUAAUACACAAAAACAGAAAAAAGAAAAGAAAAAUACAUCAGUGAACGGGGGGAAAAGGAACAAUAAACAGAUAAACAAUAACAACUAACUCAAUUCUUUACACAUCCAACCUUUUAAACAUCUUGGUUGACUUCUUCUAGUCCCUCCCUUCUGAGUUUCCUUGUAGUUGAAAGUAACAGCUUUCAAAUAUCUUUAUUAAACUAAAACAAUUUCCAAUUAUAGUCCAUCUUAUUCACAUUUCUUAAUAUUCUAAAUCCCGUUUAUUUAAUUAUAACUUAGUUUAAUCCUAGGCCUAUUUGUUUCUUUCAAGUAAUUUCUAAUUUUUUAUAUUACAGUAUUUAUUCAAAUAGUCCUUAAAUUUCCUCCAGUCCUCUUGAAACUCCUUUCUGGUCGCAGAUUCUUCCAGUCAGAUCAGCUAGCUCCAAAAAGUCCAUCAUCUUCAUCUGCCAAUCUUCCACUGUUGGUAAUUCUUGUGUUUUCCAAUUUUUAGCAAGUCAUAUUUGGGUCGCCGUUGUGGCAUACAAAAAUAAUUUAACAUCUUUCUUGGGCUUGAAAUAAUUUGCAUCAUGCCUCUCUAACGUUGAUUUUAACAUGACCAAACAGUUGCCAUGCAUUUCAGAUUAUAAGGCAGUUUUUCCUAGGAAGGUGCAGUUGUUCCCAGCCAAUGUGACUGUGAAUAAUCAGAUCUUUUUUUUCCUCCAGGACAAGUUCUAUGAAACAAUUCUAGGCUAACUGGUUUGAUUGUUGCAGUAACUGAGAAUGUUACUAAGGUUGCGUUAUGUAAUUAGUUAUGUAAUUUCUUCUUCUUCUCUGGAUUUGAUUUGCAUAAAUCAGAGUAUUCCAAGUUUUGCAGCGGCAGCUCCCAUGCUGCAAGAGCUAGAUCUAAGUACCUGUUAUCUACCAUCUGUCUUCAUGAGAUGAUGGACUUGUAAGCUCUUUGGAUGGCUUGAGUCAUGUGGUUACAUUUCUUCGGGCGGAUGAAGGGUGCCAAACAGAAUGAGCCAGACCCACUGCAAGGUGUCACAUUUGUAGAUUAAAUGAGAAGGUUUUGGCUGGCAUCCAAAUUAAUUUGGAAAUGUGUCUGGAUGCCUUUACAUAGACUUGGGCAACGUGGCUGCAGCCUUCUGUACGAUUGUUCCCGUGUCACUCCCAGACAUGUACAAAACAUUACAGUGGUAUCUUAAUUUGUUCAGAAGGUCCGUUCUUAACCUCAAACUGUUCUUAACCUGAAGCACCACUUUAGCUAAUGGGGCCUCCUGCUGCCCCUGCGCCGCCAGAGCAUGAUUUCUGUUCUCAUCCUGAAGCAAAGUUCUUAACCCAAGGUACUAUUUCUGGGUUAGCGGAGUCUGUAACCUGAAGCGUCUGUAACCUGAAGCGUCUGUAACCUGAGGUACCACUGUAUAGCCAUGCACUCGAACUCCCUUGCAUCUUUCUAAAGAGUGCACAAAAUAGGCUUUCCGAAGGCUAUCAUGUAAGCGUGCGACAAAGCUCAACCACAUGACUAUAAGGUUUUUAGACAUUACUGAAAGCCUAGCUACGUAGCCAGAAUAUUUUUUUUACAUUCCUGGGAGCAAUAUAAGAGAAGCUGCAGGUCUGUUGAAAAGGAAGCCUUCUAUCAAAAUACUGAGUGACCUCUAGGAUUAUUGGCAUUGACGAUAUCACCAUAUCUAGAGUAAAUCCCUCUUGCAGUUUGUAUACAUACCCAAAUCACUGCAGCCAUCUCUCUUUGGGAAAAAACCAAGGCACUUGGUAGGUCUGCACAUUCCAUACUGCUGAUAUUAUCUUGCCAGGAAAUGCCAAGAUGAUAAACUGUGAAGAUCCAUCCAUUUUGCUCUUCCAGCCUGUAAUGGUCAACUGGUUCUAGUUGCUGUUGCUGCCCACACCCUACUCUCUCUCCCCAACAAUUUGACUCGGGUUUGAGAACUCCAGGUUGUUAGUAUGCUUUGGGGAGUAUCUGUGACAGUAUCCACAAGCUGAGUCCUAAAAGUUGUGAUUUCUGUUUUAAAGUCAUGGCAACGAAAUAAAUAUGGACAAAUCUCUAUCUUGUUUAACUUGCUUGGCUCACUCAAACCAUGAAAUUUGAGUCUGGAGGAUCUGCAAACCCCUCUGAGCUCCAGAGCAUUCAUGAAUCAUGUCUCUAUCUUAUCACCCAGGCAGAUAAAGCCAUAGUCCUCUUUCUGUGGACUGAUUCAGUUCCUAGUUAUGCUAUGUGGGUGGGAAGAUCAUAUCUUGUCUUCAUAUCAGACUAUACAGUAUUUGUCUUGCCGCUUCAGUUUUUCCUGUGCCCCACUGCAUGAAACAAAUUCUUGCUUUUGAAUACCUCCAUCGCCUCUUCUCAUCAGAUUAAAUAUGCAUUCAUCUACAUUUUUUUCCUUUUAAAUCCAGGCUGCAAGCUUUAUUUGACUUAAUCAGUGCAUUAAUCAACUAAAGUUUUAAUGAAGUCAUUAAGCAGUGAGGGCCAGUUUUAAUAAGGGAGCUGAGCUUUAAAAGCACUUGUUGCAUUUUUCAAAUUUUUCGUCCUGGCAUGAGCCUGACAUGAAUUACGACGUGGAAAUCAAAAUAUCAAAGGCAGCCUUUCCGCCCAACAAUGAGUGGUAGUCUUUGUUUAAUAACUUUUAAGGUGUCUCACAUUUGCAUCAACAUCUCAAAAAGGCAUUUAUAUUGGCAUUUUGGUUUCAUGAUUAUUAUUUUAAUAAUAGGUAGGUUAUUAAUCAAUAAUGCCAGUUGGUUGGCAGCCCUUACCUGUCUAUCUAGCCAUUCAUUAAUUCAUUCAUUCAUCCAACACUUUUGUAUCCUGGGUGUUCAGAGUAACAUGGAUACAUACAUUUUAUUUUCCUAUUGCUGAGGUUCAGUGUCUGAAGCACAGAGCACCGUCCUAACGGUUGUUGAUAGCUAUUACUUCCAGUUAAUAAAAUAGUCCUUUUUAAUAUUGCUUCCCUUGCUUAGGCCAGGCAUACAUGAUUGGAAUGAACCAAACACAGGAUUGGUUAAUCAUUGUUAAGUUACAUUAAAAAUCAGUGGAAUAGGGCAGUACAGUGGUACCUCGGGUUAAGUACUUAAUUCGUUCCGGAGGUCCAUUCUUAACCUGAAACUGUUCUUAACCUGAAGCACCACUUUAGCUAAUGGGGCCUCCUGCUGCUGCUGCACUGCCGGAAUACGAUUUCUGUUCUCAUCCUGAAGCAAAGUUCUUAACCCGAGGUAUUAUUUCUGGGUUAGCGGAGUCUGUAACCUGAAGCGUAUGUAACCCGAGGUACCACUGUACAUGUUUACUCAGUCAGAUAAGGACCUCAUAUGUAUGGUGGAAAAAAUAAUGCAUUAGGAUUGCAUCGACAACUUAACUUACUACAAACGUGAAGCUUUUAGAUUUGAUACAUGUCUUUCAAAAAGAAUCAGUUCCCACUUUUCCACCACACAUAUAAUAUCUCUGGCCAAUUGAAGUUAUACAAGCCAGACUUUAUUCAUUACUAGCUUAAGUUCUGUUGAUUUCCAUGUGAUUAAUUUUUCCUGGAUUAGGCUCGAUCCGUGCAUUCGGUUUUUCAUUUCAAUUUUCCUGAGCAUGUUCUAACAGCUUUAUUAUUUGGUCUGGUUUCCAGGGGCCAGAGUUUAGCUUUCUGCAGUCUUAUACCUGCUUACUUGACUAUAGUAAUAGUUCAUUAUUCGCUUGUGCUGUAAGGACAUAUUUCCAUUUGAUUCUCUUAACAUAUAUUCUACUCUUAAGGUUCUAAAUCGCUGGUGGGGGGUUGCAGAUAUAGCUGCAUAGAGGCACAAACUAUGAUCGAUAUAGAAUUGUUAACCCUUAGCUGCUUGUUCACUCUUCACAGCUCCAUGCGGAAAACUGGCCUUUUGGGGCUGCCGUGUGUAAACUGGUCCCCUUCAUUCAAAAGACAUCGUUGGGCAUCACUGUGUUAAGUUUGUGUGCUCUCAGUAUUGAUAGGUGAGAAAUCAAGAUCUUCAUUCUAUUUUUACCCAGUGUGCACAUUUGGUAUAAAUAAUCUUUUAAAUAGUAAGGUAAAGGUAAAGGGACCCCUGAUCAUUAGGUCCAGUCGUAGCCAACUCUGGGGUUGCGGCGCUCAUCUCGCUUUACUGGCUGAGGGAGCCGGCGUACAGCUUCCGGGUCAUGUGGCCAGCAUGACUAAGCCACUUCUGGCGAACCAGAGCAGCGCACGGAAACGCCGUUUACCUUCCCACCGGAGCGGUACCUAUUUAUCUACUUUCACUUUGACGUGCUUUCGAACUGCUAGGUUCGCAGAAGCAGGGACCGAGCAACAGGAGCUCACCCCAUCGCGGGGAUUUGAACCACCGACCUUCUGAUCGGCAAGUCCUAGGCUCUGUGGUUUAACCCACAGCGCCACCCGAGUCCCUUUUUAAAUAGUAGAUCCAGGGAAAAAUAAUUCUGAUGCAUGUUAGAGAAGAGAUACUUAAAGGAACAGAUGGGUAUGGGCAAUAUUUUUUUUUUCUAGAGAAAAAUGUGCUGGAACGUACCUCCCUCAGAAGACCCACCACAGGAUCUCUUCAUGUUUGGAGGGGGUGGGGCGUGACUCCUCACCAACCAAAGGCUUAUUGAGGUUGGUCUGCUGAGGUGCAGAGAAGCUACCUCGCCUCAGCUGAGCAGCUUAACAAAAUCACACCCACCCCACCACCACCUCUCUGGCUCCUAUGAGCUGAAGUAGUGUAGGGGCUUGCUCAGCUGAGGCAUGGCUUCCCUGCAUGCCAGCUGUUAGCUGGGAGGCUGAAAAGCCUCACCAAAGCACCGCUGCCCAUCUGGCUUGCAAGGAGAACCUCUCUGGAGCCCGUAGAGCAGUGGUUCCCAACCUUUUUUGGGCCAUGCACCACCUAAACAUCUCUAAAAUCCUGAUGCCCGUGACAUAUAAUUCUUAUUAUUCCAAAAGUGAACUCCUAUUCACGUGGAGGAAGCCUAAAAGGCCAUUCACUGUUAAUAACUCAUUCUCAAAUUCCCCCCCUUAAAAAUCAAAUUGCCCCCCUGUAGGGUGUGAGCCCCACGUCAGGAACCACGGCUGUUAUGUACUGAGUUGAAUAGGAUCCAAAAGGCAGCAGUCUGAUUGGUCCUAGAACAAUAGGAUUCAGAAUGCAGCAGUCUGGUUGGUCCUAGAACAAUAGGCUCCAGAAUGAAGCAGUCUGAUUGGUCCUAGAACAAUGCAGCAGUAUGAUUGGUCCGCAGCAGCCACCCAAUCCAGCUCCAGGUGGAAGUGAAUCCGCAACCUGAUUGGCCUACAGGAGAAUCCCAGAAUUAGCCAAUCAGAUGCGGCCCAUUGUGUAAAUAAUGUAUAUAAAGCAGAUAUUUUGGGGAAACUUCCAUUCCUCACUACUAUGAGCUGAAUAAAGAGCAUGAAAUCCACACUCGACUCCGAGUAUAUUUCAAUGGCCAUGGAAGAUAUCCUCUUCCGACUCUGGAGAAGGUCUCCUCGUGAGCUAUCUGCUGACCAGAUUCAGAUGGAGGCAGGAGCUGCUGUUAUUGCUCACUUCCCAACAUGUCAUGCUUUCAGCUUCUGUGCUGCAGGCAUUUCUGCAGUGCUGUACUUGGGACAGAAAUAGGGCCUAAAUAGUCGCCACUUACUAGAUGCUUAAGUUCACAUCAGCAGGACUGGGGGGGACAGACGGGCUUUUAGUCCCAGCAUAGUGUAUGAUGUGAUCUAAUCAGCACCUCUUUCUUCCAUUUAGGUAUCGGGCAGUCGCUUCAUGGAGCCGUAUCAAGGGAAUUGGAGUCCCAAUGUGGACGGCGGUCGAAAUCGUCCUGAUCUGGGCCGUGUCUCUUGUUUUAGCUGUCCCCGAGGCUUUAGGCUUUGAUUUGAUCACCCUCCCAUACCACGGCCAGAAACUUAAAGUGUGUCUACUUAAUCCCCGCCAGGAAACUUCUUUCAUGCAGGUACGGUGUUCUCUUGUGAGCCAGCUGCUUCCGUGUUAAGAGAUGUGUUUAUUUAAUAAAGUCGUACCCUGCCUGUCUCAGAAACACACAUCUGAGGAGGGUACAAAUGAUGCGCCUGUCUGUGUACUUGCAGACAAAGAGCAACGAUAAACACAAGACACACAAAAAGCCUGUGGUUUGACUUAACAGGGUUGCAUUCGACUAACCUUCGUUCAGACUAGGCCCAUGGAAGUGAAUGGGUCUUAGUCAUGGACAUUAAUUUCAGCAGGCCUACUCUUGAGUAAAAGUUCGUUGAUUACAAUCCACUGUGUGUUUUACAAGUUAUUUUCCCUCUCAGGUGUCAGGAAGAGCUAUAUAGCACUUAGGACUCAGCUAGAAAAAGUGUUCCAAAUGCAUUCUAUAUGCGAUAUAACACUGUGACACCAGGUGGCGCUGUGGAGUCUCAUCUUUCCCAACUGGAUUUCCCUGUAUGAGUUUACAGGGCGUUUAACCAAAACGUUUCUUUGAUCCGUCUAGAUCCAGCCUUAGUCUGGUCCCCUUGAUACGUGGACCCAGCUGAUACGAGCGUCAAGUGCUCGCUAACCUCAACCUUUUUAUUAUUAAAUUUACAUACCACCCUUCAUCAAAAGAUCUCAGAGCAGUUCACAGAAUAAAAUACAAGAUAAAACAGAAUCCGAGACCAGGGAGAAGAGUCGGUGGAAGAAGAUUGGAAGAAAUUUAAAGACUAUCUACAGAAAUACUGUAAAAUUAAUGAAUGUUAGAAUGAUGUUGGAAUGAAGCUAAGGGGUUUUUAGUAGUAAUGCUACAAGGAGUAUGUAAAAAUGGACUGUUAACAGAUGAGAAUAUACAACUAUUACAUAUUAAGACAAAGGUCUAAGAUAAAAACAAAGAGGGAAAGGAUUUCCUGAAUUAACUUACUGAACUGGAAUACAAAAAAGGGGAGGUGUGAGGAGGUCAGGGAAACGAGUGAAAGACAAGAUAUGGAAAGAUUGAUUUGUUUUUAAUUGUUUUUACUUUUUUUGUAUUUUGUAUUUUCUUCUUUCUUUUUUUAUUCUUUCUUAUUAUUACUAUUGUAACUCCUUUUUUAUUUUUGAAACUUUAAUAAAUAUCUUAUAAAAAAAAAGAUAAAACACAGUAAAUAAUUAAAAACAAACAAGAACCAAACCUUCCUACAGACACAUUUAAAAGGCUGUGGGAUGUUAAUCAGCCCAAGGCUUAGGUGAAGAGCAACAUUUUUGCCUGGCACCUUAAAGUGAAGGCACCAGGCAAACCUCCCUGGGGAGAGCAUUCCACAAGCGAGGAACCACUACAGAAAAGGCCCUGUUCUUGUAUUGCCACCCUCUGGAUCUCACAUGGAGGAGGCACACGAAGAAGGGCCUCAGAGGAUGAACACAGAGUCCGGGAUGGUUUAUAUGGGGAGAGGCGGUCCUUGAGGUAUUGCAGUCCUGAGCCGUUAAAGGCUUUAUAGGUCAAAACCAGCACUUUGAAUUGGGCCCGGAAGCUGAUUUGGCAGCCAGUGCAGUCUCCUUUCCCAUCAUAUUUGUCCCUUCUAAAGAAGAGCUCCUCCCCCCCCUUCCAUUGUUUAUCUCUCACACAGCUAAUCUCCCCUCGCGGUUGGCAAGAAAAGCAGGCGAAAUUAGCCAAGGAAGGUUGGUUCCUGGCUCCUCCUUCCUUGUGAGUAUAGUUCAGCUGGGGCUCCCACGUCCCUCAGAGCAGAGAGGAAGGCAUGGGGCAAGUGAGUGCAUUGAGCCCCUUCAUUUUUCCUCACCUGUGCAGCAAGGAUGGAGAACUUGUGGUCCUCCAAGUGGUGAUGGAGUAGGACUCCCAUGUCAGGUGGGGUGCUGCUUUUCUCCUGGGCAUCAGUUCUUCCGGCCGGCCUGCCUGCUGUGGGAGUCCGAGGCAGCAUCCCCCACAAGGGCAUAUUCUUAUGAGACUCCAGUGGGCCAAUUUCUUAAUGAAGGUACUCUGAACAUGCCAGUCUGUUAGGUUUGGCGUGUGAUACUCUGUACAUCGUGGACAUGCAUGUGUCCUUGACUGCCAUUAUAAAGCAAAGUUAUUGUAAGUAAUGGCAACUUAAAUUGAUGGAAUAUGACCAGCUUGCAGAUUUAACAUAUAGAAUAAGAAAACAAGAAGAGCAUGCGUUUAAGGAAGAUUGGAAAAUGUUUAUUGAAUAUAUGGGGGGAAAUUGUGUACACUUGAAAACGAUGGCAGCAUUAAGAUAAAUUCAACAGUGUACAUAAGUUUUAAUGGGGUGUAAUAAUGGAAUACUGGAUGGUUUGGUUUAUGUAAAAUAUGUAGGGAUUUAUGGUAUGCAAAAUCAACUAUGGAAAGAGAAGAAGGGAAGUCAUUGAUAUUUUAAGGUUGUUUAAAUGAAUAUAAUAAAAUGUAAAGCAGAAAAAAAUAAUUAAAAAAUAUAAAGCAAACUUAUUUUUUUCAUUCCCUCCUCCUCCUAGCUUUACAAGGACGCUAAAGACUGGUGGCUCUUCAGCUUUUAUUUCUGCUUGCCGUUGGCAACCACAGGCCUUUUCUACACUUUGAUGACCUGCGAGAUGCUCAGGAAGAAGAGUGGGAUGCAGAUCGCUUUAAACGACCACUUAAAACAGGUAAAGAUCAUACAGAUUCAUAUAAUUGUAGAGUUGGAAGGGGCACCAAGGGGCAUCUAGUCCAACCCCUCUGCAAUGCAAGAAUCCUGCCUACAGCCGUCGCUGGGUGGCCUCGAACCAGCAACCUUCUGGUUAACAGCCAGACACACUGGCCUAUCUCCCUGACAUUGUGUACAUCCUAUUUUGACGAAAAUUUCUUUCCCAGGAAAUUUUUCUCUAGAUGCCGUCGCUGGGUGGCCUCGAACCAGCAACCUUCUGGUUAACAGCCAGACACACUGGCCUAUCUCUCUGACAUUGUGUACAUCCUAUUUUGAUGAAAAUAACAGGAAAUUUUUCUCUAGAUGCCGUCGCUGGGUGGCCUCGAACCAGCAACCUUCUGGUUAACAGCCAGACACACUGGCCUAUCUCUCUGACAUUGUGUACAUCCUAUUUUGAUGAAAAUAACUUUCCCAGGAAAGUUUUCUCUCGAUGCUUUUUGUAGCACUCAAGCAGGCUAAAGUGCCUCGAUGAAUUCAUCUGCCUCGAUGAAUGAUAACAAGCAGGUUGAUAGGAGCAAACAGGCUUUGUUUCCAGGGUUUCGGUAAAGAUGCAGGUGGUGGACAAUGUGGGAAAAUGGGACAGGAGAAGCUAUGGCUUUGGCAUCUUCACUGGGACAUUUUAAAAGUAUAGCAUCAACCACCAGGUUGUACCCAGGGUAUCCAUAACCUUUGCUACAUACAGUGAUCGCUUUUGCAUCCUCUGCCUAGUCUUUCUACUGGUUGCACCUUAAAAGUGGAGGGUGGUAUUCAACGAAAUAAUUGCAUGUGUGGAAUGGCUUUCAGUUGUGCAAUAGGAUUCCCGCCCCCUGCGCACACCUGGCACUAUCCCCAAAUCUGCUCUUGGGGGGCUGGAGAAUUCCACAGGAUAGAUUUACGGGGUGUGUGGCAGGAGGAGAGGGGUGUGGGGAGUCCGGUUGCACAAGCAGUUGUUGUUCUGCUCCUGCCAUUAUUUAGAUGAAUGCUGCCUGGAAUACACAGGAAACAAGGAAAAAAGACACACAAUUUCUAAGCUAACCACAGUUUGAAGAUGAAAUACCACACCCUCUUGGGGUCAAGGAAGGCAUAGAGAGGUCUCCCCCCAAACCAGAAUACCAAUAACAAUAGUUAACACCUCUCACUUGAUCCUGCAUAGUCAAUGCUACCAAUCUCCCGGUGGCAAUGUUUUAUCAUUGUAUAUAUUGUUACGGCAAGUUCCUCGUCAGUAGAAAUUUUGUUUUCUUCUGUACAGGAACACAUGUUUGAGGUGUGGAGCUCACAGUCGUGGCACACCACCGAGCAAAUUAUACUUAAUACCAGACAAGAAGUAGUAAACAGGCAGCAUGUUAAAACUUGGCCUAAAAGAAUAUACCAAUUUAUUACAAACCAGAGAGAUGGAUUACUUAUAUCAGGGGGAGCCACAAGGGCAGAAAAAGGAUCUGCAAGUGGGUUUCCCAAAAGGUUGAUGAAUACAAAUGUAUGCGGUGUGCGCAAGAGGGUUGGUUAUGCGUGCAUAGGUCUGGUGGAGGGUUCAAAUCCAUGUCAUCAUCGUUAUUUAUUUAUUAAAUUUUUAUACCGCCCUGCACCCACAGGUCUCAGGGCGGUUCACAGUCAUGCUAAUGGGUGCUCAUGUGACUAUGUGGUAGCCUCAGGCAUAGAGGGUCUGACUAGGCCAGGUAUGUCCAAAGUCCAUUUCAGGGGCCUAAUUUGGCCCGCCAGUUGGUUUAAUUCUGGCCCCUGUGGCAGUUUAUUUCCUGGGGUAAAAUCCUAAAAAAAAAAACUCGACAACUUCAGUCCUAAUAAAAGCUCAAAAACUUCAAUCCUAAAAAAAGCUCAAAAACAACUUUGGGGUAAAAUUAUACAAAAAAACUCAACAACUUCAAUCCUAAAGAAAAGGUUAACAACUUUGGUCGGCCCUCACGGCCCUUCACUUCAUCAAACCUGGCCCUCUUUGAAAAAAGUUUGGACACCACUGGACUAGGCCAAAUCAAUAUGGGCCUUGGAUGGCUGCAGCGGCGUAGCGUGGGUUGUCAGCACCCAGGGCAAGGCAAGUAAUUUGCGCCCCCUAACCUGGGGCAAGGCAAGUAAUUUGCGCCCCCUAACCCCUAACCUGCCGCCGCUGCCAGCUUCUUCUUGCUGCUGCCUGGUCUGGUCUGGUGUGGUUCUCUCCCGCGCUCAGCGCUGCACUGGGCGGCCGCUGCACUGUCCCUCCCCCAGAUAGUCCCUCGCUCUCUCUCCGCACCGCACGCCUGGCACCCACCCCCUCCACAGUGGGCGGCGACCCAGCGGCUCGGAUCAGAUUCGCACAGCCAGCACUGCAGUGAGAGAGUGUGAGUGAGCCAGGUAGGGGCAGAGAGCUGCGAGUGCGAGCGUGCCCCCCCCAGAUGUUGCGCCCGGUGCGGCCGGCCCCCCCUGCACCCCCCACGCUACGCCACUGGAUGGCUGAAUUAGAGGUUUGGCAUUUGUGUUUCCUGGGGCUCUGACACUACAACACAUAGAGUCGUGCCUUCUGCUUGAUAUACUCCAUAGGCAAAAUGGUGAUUUCUAGGGCCGGCGAGGCUGAGCUGAGAUAAUAGCAUGCAACCAAGUAAUGCCAGGCAUGCGUCAGGGACUGGCAGGGCGCUGAGAAGCUGGCAGCAGAGGAAGGGAGGCUGGAGUCUUUGACUCAGGAGAGGGCUCCAGAGAUUUGUGGGGACCUGUAUCAGCCAGGAGGCAAGAGUCAGAGGCAGGGAAGCUUCAGAGCUGAAGCACGGAGCACAGGAGGGGUCGGAGGAAGAAGCAGGUCAGGUCAAGGCCAAAUGCCACCAAUGUCUCCUAGAACUAGGAGAGGAUUGAAGAGGGAAGAGCAGAGGUGGCUUCCAGACAGGUGCAGCCUCUGGCUGUGUGUUCGCAGCCCAUCGGAAAGUACAGUCGUACCUUGGAUCCCGAACGCCUUGGUAUUUGGACAUUUUGGCUCCCGAAGGCCACAAACCCGGAAGUGAGUGUUCUGGUUUGCGAACGUUCUUUGGAACCCAAACAUCCGACGGGGCUUCCGAUUGGCUGCAGGAGCUUCCUGCAGCCAAUGAGAAGCCGCGCCUUGGUUUCCAAACGUUUUGGAAGUCGAACGGACUUCUGGAACGGAUUCCGUUCGACUUCCAAGGUACAACUGUAUAUGAAAUGGAGGGAGGGAGGGCCAUUGCUGCAACUACUUCAUAGAGCGCACAUCACACUAUUUAUUUAUUUAUUUUAUUUUUAUUUAUUGACUAGACUGGUGUGGGGCUAUUUGGAGCCAUAGAAACUACUUUAAGUGUCCGCUUUUGACUAAUAAUAAUAAUAAUAAUAAUAAUAAUAAUAAUAAUAAUAAAAAUAAUGUUAUUUAUACCCCAGCCAAGGCCAGGCUCAGGGCUGCUAACAACCAAUAAUAAAAACGAGUUGAAUGAAUACAACUUAAAAACAAGAUCAAAAUACAACAUUAAAACAAUUAAAAUGCAGCCUCAUCACAGGAGGAGAAAGGAAAAAGAAAGAGGGAGAGGGAAUCAAAUUGACUCCAAGUGUUAACACUCUGCCGUGUGCAUUUUUUUGGCUGGGGAGCAUCCACAACAGCGUGUCUCGUUUCAUUGGUGCUAUUUUGGUUAUGUAGGUGAGCCCUUGAACUACAGAAAGUCUGUCUAAAUCACAGCUUUCCAAACCGCGUGGCACAACACGUUAGUGUGUUGGCUGCAGUGCGUAGGUGUGACCUGCGACCGUUCCCCGCGCUCCUCCCGGGGCUGGAAAGGGGUUGGUUUAACCUCCGGUUUUCUAGUAAAGCUGAAUUAAUGUGCCGCAAAAUGAUGCAUGUCUAAAAAGCGUGUCACCAUCGUGAAAAGUUUCGGAAGUAGCAGUUGCUGUUUUUUUGCUGGUUUGUUUGUUGGAAGAAUUCAAAGUAGAUCAAAGAGCAAUGGUCAAAAAACCCCAAAAGCAAAAUGUGCAGACUUUUCUUUUGAAGUAUCAUGCAAUAUUUUGCCCAGUGCCCUUGUUUUUUUCAUAGCCAUAAGCCAAAAGUGUGCCAGUGUGUGUAGGAUAAACAUAAUGCAAAGAUUGGUCAGGGAUCAUGUUCCAAUUGAAAUGUUCAGCUUCAUUAAGUAUGACCCGUUUUCCCAUUUUCAAUGGGUGUUUCUUUGCUUUCAGAGACGCGAAGUGGCCAGAACCGUGUUCUUCUUAGUGCUCGUCUUUGCUGUGUGUUGGCUUCCUCUCCACCUUGGUAGGAUACUGAAGUUUGCUCUUUACGAUGCGAGUGACCCAAACAGAUGCGAACUUCUGAGGUAGGGCUCCUCUGAUGAAAUGCUUCCCAAGAUAGCGUUGCCAUUUUGAUUUACUCCCCCAAAGGUGGCAUUUAUGCAGAGCCAAUUUAUACAGCAAGUGGCCCUCUGAGAUCAUUGUGAGGAGCGCAUAUGGCAGCCAGUGGACAUGCUGGGGUGCAAGUCUGUCUCUUCCAGGGCCCAGUCUAAUUGUGGCUUUUUGUAAAACCCCUAUGUGGUUCCUAUAUAUGUGUUAAAGGUAAAGGUAAAGGGACCCCUGACCAUUAGGUCCAGUCGUGGCCGACUCUGGGGUUGCGGCACUCAUCUCGCUUUAUUGGCCGAGGGAGCCAGCGUACAGCUUCCGGGUCAUGUGGCCAGCAUGACUAAGCCACUUCUGGCGAACCAGAGCAGCGCACGGAAACGCCGUUUACCUUCCCGCUGGAGCGGUACCUAUUUAUCUACUUGCACUUUGACGUGCUUUCGAACUGCUAGGUUGGCAGGAGCAGGGACCGAGCAAUGGGAGCUCACCCCAUCGCGGGGAUUCGAACCGCCGACCUUCUGAUCGGCAAGUCCUAGGCUCUGUGGUUUAACCCACAGCGCUACCCACGUCCCUUUAUAUAUGUGUUGCAUCUGCACUAUUCAGAUUUGGCCAUAAUGCAGGUGGCUCAGAAGUAGGUAUACAGUUGAAUCAAUGAAAUACUACUACUAAUAAUAAUAAUUAGUAAUAAUAAUUUAUUAUUUAUACCCCGCCCAUCUGGCUGGGUUUCCCCAGCCACUCUGGGCGGCUUCCAAGAAAAGAUUAAAAAUACAUCAGUCAUUAAAAACUUCCCUGAACAGGGCUCCCUUCAGAUGUCUUCUAAAUGUCAGAUAGUUGUUGAUUUCCUUGACAUCUGAUGGGAGGGUGUUCCACAAGGCGGGAGCCACUACCGAGAAGGCCCUCUGCCUGGUUCCCUGCAACCUUGCUUCUCACAGGGAGGGAACCGCCAGAAGGCCCUCGGUGCUGGACCUCAGUGUCCGGGUUGAACGAUGGGGGUGGAAAUUUAUCACAACACAUUAUAUGGGUACGCAUAACUGACACGCAACAAAGUGGCAGUUAAACUUCAGCUGGAGAGAAUAGUGCGGCAGUUGGGGAGGGGGGAAAUAGUGAGAUAAAAGGAUUAUUUUUCUUUACUGAUAUGUGAACGAGAACAGCGAACCUGAGUCAAGAACAAAGAAAGUGGAUUCUAAAGCAGUAUAUCUAAUUUUGGGCUGCCCUGUAUGCUUGAUCUUUAGCCUCUGAGAGCUUCCAUGCUGCUUUUCACAAUAAAAUACGCAGAAAAUUUCGCUGAUGAAGUGAGACUGAGGUGUGCAGCACAGUCUAGGGUGGAGCCAGAGAGAAAUUCCGCAGGCCAAAAAGUGAUGGCAAGGAAAGCAGUGUAGUCCCGACUGAAAGCAUGGGAAGACAAUAUCCUCCUUUGCACUGUGUUUAUUCACCACCACCAAAUGAAUUCAUCCUUUUUUUUCCUGUCUUUCAUCCAUCCUACCAGACUGCCUUCUUUGUGACCUACCUCCUAUUUAUGAUCUUGAUUUCCCCACCAAAACAACCCCAAGAAGUCCAGGAGUGCUACCUGAAAUCUUUUCCUAAUCUGACUACCUUAAAUCAGUCGUGGGGAGGAACCAACGUCCUCCAACUGUUGUCUCCUGCGUGAAAACCCUAGAUUCCCAGCGAGACACACCCAACCUGUAGAACUACUAGCUCACUCUUAUGGGAAGCUCCCAUUGCACACUGGAGCAAAAUAGCUCGUUUCUUCUGGAAAGACUAGAGCAGUUUCCCCCCUGCUUUCAGAAGAUAGUGUGAUUAGCAGCCUGCUUUCACAAAUGGGAAAUUCCUUAUUUUGAAUUCCUUCAAAACAAUUACAGGGGGAAAUGUUCUAGGAUCACCCGGCUAGCUUCAUGGGUGAGUGAGGAAUUGAACCUAUUUCUCCCUGCUCCUAGUCCAGCACUAUUUACCUCUAUAUCACACGGGCUCCCUAGUUGCAGUAGACUGCCUAACACGUCCUGAUGCUUAACUAUCUUUAAAUAAAGAAUUUCAACUAUUUUUCAUAUCUUUUUCCCCCAUGCAGCUUUUUGCUCAUAUGGAACUACAUUGCUAUGAACAUGGCAUCCCUGAAUUCCUGCAUUAAUCCAAUUGCUCUCUAUUGGGUGAGCAAAAGAUUCAAAAACUGCUUUAAGGUAAGAAGUCUUUGUUGAAAUGUGCUUUUAUAGAAAUGAAGCUAGGCAGCAUCAGGUUAAGGGAGAAAUCCAAACCCAAGACGCGCUGGGAUGAGACCUUGAGGUGUGUCUGGGAUAAUGAACUGGACAGGUUUUGUUUCUGCUUAAAGGCGCUGGCAAACGAAAUUAUCAAGGUGUCUAGUGCAAAUUCACUAUAUAAAAGUGUUCCUUCUUUGCACAGUUUCCACAUGAAUCAGCUGCUCUCUAGGGGCAUCCCUAAGGACUACAACUGUGGUUGUCCCAUUGAUUCCUUAGCACUGUCAACUUACAGCCUAGGAGGAGGGGACUCCUAACUCAAUUGGGAGCACGCAUUUUCAAAACCUGGGAUAAGAAAAUUCAGGGAGAAAGAAGAGCCACAGAAGCAAUUGGCUCUAGUUCUCCAGCACGUCCACCUCCUACUUUGAGAACCAGUGAGGUAGACCAUGGACUGGAGAGACCAUGGACUGAAGUGGUAUAGUGGUUAAGGGUGUUGGAUGAGAACCUGUGAGAUCUGAGUUCAGGUUCUCACAGCUUGGCCUUGGCCCAGUAUACCUGAAGGAGCGUCUCCACCCCCAUCGUUCUGCCCAGACACUGAGGUCCAGUGCCGAGGGCCUUCUGGUGGUUCCCUCACUGCGAGAAGCCAAGUUACAGGGAACCAGGCAGAGGGCCUUCUCGGUAGUGGCGCCCGCCCUGUGGAACGCCCUCCCACCAGAUGUCAAAGAGAACGACAACUACCAGACUUUUAGAAGACAUCUGAAGGCAGCCCUGUUUAGGGAAGCUUUUAAUAUUUGAUGCUUUACAGUAUUUUAAUAUUUUGUUGGAAGCUGCCCAGAGUGGCUGGGGAAGCCCAGCCAGAUGGGCAGGGUAUAAAUAAAUUAUUAUUAUUAUUAUUAUUAUUAUUAUUAUUAUUAUUAUUAGUGACCUUGGGCCCUGAGCCUAACUCUCCCGCACUGGGUGGAUGCAAUAAAAUGGAGGAGGGGAGAAAGGUAGUAUAGAAAUGUAAACAUAAAUAAAUUGUAACCCCCAAAAAUAGUUCUGAGUUUUUGGUCAGAAAUAGGUAGUAGGCAUUCUCUAUAUUGAAGUGUUGCACCAAGCCUUCUAAUAAGGGAUUCUGCUCUCUUUCAAGUCAUGUCUGUGUUGCUGGUGCCAUUCGAAAGAUAUGCUGUCCCUGGAAGAGAAACAGUCCUGCUUAAAGUUCAGAGCCAAUGAUCACGGGUAUGACAAUUUCCGUUCCAGCAACAAGUACAGCUCGUCUUAAGAAAGGGAAAUGUACCCUCAGCUCCUGCGACAAAAAAGACUGCGAUAAAAACAGCAGAUUUCUGGGGAGAAACGAGUUUGGAGUUUUCUCGGAAAACCAAAUUGUAAAACUUUGCUUACAGUCUGUACCAGUUGUGAUUACGCACGGCGCCCGUAGCUAUUUGAACACAUGAAAAUCACCAGGAGACGCAAAAAAAGAAAACCCCUUGUUGAAAGCACUUAAACUCUUCGGAAUGAGCACUUCCAGAUCAUCCUCAAAUCCUGUGCACGAAACAACUCUGUAUUCAUUGAACUAGCCCUGGGAGCCUGAGUAAUAAUUCUUUGUAUAUAGUAUACCAUGGCUAUUGUUUGGGACAAAGCCAGCUUUGUCUAUAAAUUACUGUAAUCUUUCUUUCUUUCUUUCUUUCUUUCUUUCUUUCUUUCUUUCUUUCUUUCUUUGGUGGGAGAGAUUAAAAGAUACAGGCAUGUCCAAAACAUAAUCCCUUAUCAAAUGUGCAAAUUGCAUCACCACCGCAGCUUUAAAAAUAUAUCAAUAUUUUACUUACAUAGCCAGAAACAAAAUUAAAAGACAUAAUCAGGCUCAAAACAAUCUGCUGUUAAGUUAGAAAAAUGCAAGCAUGUCCAUGUGGGGAGGAGCAGCAUCAGGGAAAAGCAACGCAACUUAGUUUUUUUAAACGCCAGCAGAGUCCUGAAGCCAUGAGCAUGUCAGCAGGGACUCAGCUGCAUUCCACUGGUGGAAAUGGCAAGUAAAACCAAUUUCUCAUCAGAGGAUCCGAUCAGGCCUGCUCAGCCUCAUGAUCUACAAAGCUGCAUUCACCCCACCAGGCAGGCAGCAAACCCAAGAAGGCGGAUCAGGCUCCUGGCAAGUCAGUUUACAUAAGCAAGGAUCUGUUUGGCCUAGCGAGCCACAAGCUGUAGAGUGAUUGAGGUAAGGACGAUAGAGGAAUUUGCAGGAGCAGAGUGGAAUGCGUCUUUGGAGACUGGUCUUCUUUCCAUGGGGAAAAUGUAUAUUCAACGGCUCUGCCUGAGAACAAACAGUAGGAGUGGCUAACUUCUGGUCAGCAUCUGGUACUCCAUUUUCUGAAUGGUAAGCAUUUCAGGGAUCAGAGCGGCACUCUUUGGGCCCAUAUCGAAGGUGCCAUUUCUUCUCUUUGCCAUAACAACCCCUGUCUGAUGCUGGGUUAACCAGUCAUCACUGGUUACGACUCUGGAGCUCUUAAAAAGACGCUACCAUUAUUCCUCCCUCACCAAGUACAGUCGUGCCUUGGAUCUCAAACGCCUUGCGACUCGAACGUUUUGACUCCCAAACGCCACAAACCUGGAAGCGAGUGUUCCGGUUUGCGGACGUUCUUUGGAAGCUGAACGUCCAACACGGCUUCCAAUUGAGUGCAGGAAAUUCCUGCAGCCAAUCAGAAGCCACACCUUGGUUGUCGAACGUUUUCGGAAGUCGGAUGGACUCCCAGAAUGGAUUCCGUUCAACAACCAAGGUACGACUGUAUCAGUGUUUCUCAAACUUGGGUCUCCAGCUGUUGUUGGACUACAACUCCCAUCACUCCUAGCUAGCAGGAACAAUGGUCAUGGAUGAUGGGCAUUGUAGUCCAACAAACAGCUGGAGACCCAAGUUUGAGAAAUACCAGUAUAUGAACAAACUGCCCCAAGCAUGUGGACGUUAAGUAUGUUCUGUGUUCUGCAAUUGCACACGGAAAAGGUACAGAAUGUGGUAGCGGCCACAGAAUUCAUUGCCUUCAGAAUGUCAACUUUCUUCUGAAGAUUUGGAGGGUUGGCAUGAGGUUUCAGUGCCCUGCUUACCACUUUGCUCCCUCGCCCAGGACUGGCCAGCCUAAAUAGUGCAAAGUAGUAAACAUUACAGAAUUAAUUAAACAAAAUAAGGCUAUGCAAAUUAGCAAAUCUGGUUCGCCAGAAGUGGCUUAGUCAUGCUGGCCACAUGACCUGGAAGCUGUCUACGGACAAACUCUGGCUCCCUCAGCCUAUAGAGCGAGAUGAGCGCCGCAACCCCAUAGUCGUCCGCGACUGGACCUAACGGUCAGGGGUACCUUUACUUUACCUUUACCUUUACCUUUACUCCCAGCCCUGACUCUAUACCAUUUCAGUUUUAGGUGUUUGUCAUCUCUGUUAUAGAGAAGAGUAUAGCUUAACUUGCAGAUGAUUUCCAGCAUUUGAGAGGUCACUCUUACUAUUUCCAUGGCAAAAGAAACUACCCACAUAUUCAGAGGUCUAGCACCUAUCAGUAUCGAAAAUGUUGGAUCCCUAUCUUUACCUAUGUUUAUCUAAAGAGCACUCAGUUAGCAUUUUAUAAAUCUCAGACAUAACCAACCCUAGAGUAGUAAAUAAUAAAACAUGGGCAGGUCCCAUUAAUGCCUGUACGAAUAGGGCGCGUGCAAGAGAAAAUGUGUUUGUAAUAAACAUGUUGUGCAUUGCCAGGAGCAGAUCACUUUUUUUUGUGCAUUGAAAGAUAAUACUGCUAGUUAAAAUAGGUUUAAAGCUUAGUACAAGGAUGAACCUCUACUUACGACCGCCUCUACUUGGGCCCAAUCCAAGUCGUGACCGCGGCAAACCCGGAAGUAAAUUCGUGCACGCACAGAAGCGGCUUCUGCCAUUUGUACAUGCGCAGAAGCGGCUACUGCCGUCUGCACAUGCGCACAACUGCAUUUCUACCAGUGACCCGUUUCGCCUAAAGAACGGGCCGCCAGAAUGGAUUAUGGUGGUAAGUAGAGGUUCCACUGUGUUGUUGUUGUUUAGUCGAUUAGUCGUGUCCGACUCUUUGUGACCCCAUGGACCAAAGCACACCAGGCCCUCCUGUCUUCCACUGCCUCCCGCAGUUUAGUCAAACUCAUGCUGGUAGCUUCAAGAACACUAUCCAACCAUCUCAUCCUCUGUCGUCCCCUUCUCCUUGUGCUUUCCCAACAUCAGGGUCUUUUCCAGGGAGUCUUCUCUUCUCAAGAGGUGGCCAAAGUAUUGGAGCCUCAGCUUCACGAUCUGUCCUUCCAGUGAGCACCCAGGGCUGAUUUCCUUAAGAAUGGAGAGGUUUGAUCUUCUUGCAGUCCAUGGGACUCUCAAGAGUCUCCUCCAGCACCAUAAUUCAAAAGCAUCAAUUCUUCGGCGAUCAGCCUCCUUUAUGGUCCAGCUCUCACUUCCAUACAUCACUACUGGGGGAACCAUAAUAGAAAUUAAUAAAAUUGUUCUGGGUUAUACAUAAUCUGAGCUAAAAAAGCAGGCACCGCCAAUAUGAUGCCUGUGAGUACCCUUCAAAGGAUCUCAGUAAAUAUCCCCUCAAAAACCCACAUCCUCAAUGCUGUUCUCGCUUCCACUGACUUAGCCUGCCCUACACCAGCCCCCAUAAACACAUAAAGAUUGAACACCCAGAGGAGAGGAACUAUGAGCUUCUUUCUAUGAGCAAGUGCAGGCACUGACUGGGGGCAUGUUUACACCUUUUCUGCAUUUCUGUCUCUUUUCUGCUUCACUAGAUGUGGCAACCAUUUUUUUUGUUAUGCCCUUCACCCCGUGGCAGCUAUUUUGUGACUGGUAUCCUCCACCCAUGGCACUUUCCCCAAAUUCCAAACAUGACCACAGGCCCGUAAAGGCUGGCAGCUUCAACGCUAGUUAGAUCCUUGGCCCUGUGGCAAGAUCCACUGUUGUUACAGCAUCCCUGGCUGGCCCUACUAGGAGGUAGAGAGAGACGGUCACCCCAGAUAGCAGAUUUGAGGCAAGGUUAAAAAGGAUGGCAAAUUCCUAGAAUAUGUAAUCUUUUUCCCCACAGGUGAGUUCAGAACAUGGGGUGUUGUUUCUCAGGCACUAAAUGUGCCCCUCUCUGUUGGGGAACAUCAUUUAGGCAGCGGUUCCUAAACUGUUGGGGGGGGGGAAGUAGUAGAGAAUAAGCUUCACUGAUGGUGGUAGGCAGUAAAUAUGCACAUGAAUGGACGACUAAAGGACAUUCCACCAGGAAGUUUCUCUGCCCAAGCACCUACUAAAAUGAAUGAAAGCCACAAAAAGAAUUGUGCACGAUGUGGCCAAUGUGUUUUGUCCUCAUGGUGUGUCACCAUAGAUGGGUUUUUUAUAAAACUGCCCUAAUCACCUUGAGCUCAUGACAAACUAUAUUGGAACGUUAAAUAGAACUAUAAUGAAACACUUGUGGGUUGUUUCCUAUCAUCCUCUGAGGCUGUGUACAUUUAAAGUUCAUGGCUUCCGCCAAAGAGUCCCAAGAACUGGUUUACCCUUCGCAGAGCUACAACUCCCAGCACCCUUAACAAACACUACAGUUCCCAUGAUUCUUUGGCAAUUAGGAUGAAAGCAGAUGCGUAAGAAAUGAAAGGUGUUGUGUCCUAGGUCUUAAGAGAUUGAAUAAUUCAACCGUAGUGAAUAUGCUGUACACUUAUUUCUGGUGAAAAAUACCAUAGAAAAAGUAAGAUGCAUGGAUGAAUGUCCUAGAUAUGAAAUGUAUUCAUGUGCUUUAGUACUAGCCAUAAACUCUGUGCACAUGUGUGUGUGUGCGCACACACAAACACACAUUCACUGCUUUCACCUUAAUCUUGCCAUGCCCUUUAGCAGUUAGUUUGAGAGAGGCAAAAGUAUUAAUGUUGGCAUGGUCAAUCCAACAUUGGUUCUGAUCGACUGUUUACCACUGACAGUUGACUAGCACUUUUAACCUCUGAAGUCAAUGGGAAACCGAAUAAAUUGUCUAUUCGAAUCUGCUCAGUAUUAUUGCUACUGUUUCUAGUAUUUCAGUACUGUACGUAUAUGAUAUUUGUAAUUCUAUUUAAAAUGUAGUCUUCAUUGUAUGAUGUAUGGGGGUAUUUUCCCCUUGAUGAGUUUAUUUUAAUUUGUCUUAGAGCUGUUACACUCGAUCCUAAAUUCCUCUGUGGAAACACCUUGGGCAGAUCCUGACAUGCAACAAAAUCCACGUGUGGGUUUUUAACAAAUUGCCUUCCGUGCAGGAAUUUGGUCAUACCUGUGGAACAUGCGUUGGUCAUAUAUUAUGGAUGCAAAGCAUAAAUGCUCUCUAAUCUUUAGACAAUUGUGUAUUCUAAAUAUAUUAUCCUCAGAUUUCAUUUUAUCCAGUACUUUUGAGAAUAGUAACCUUCCAGAAAUGGUGGUUUUCCAUACACUGAUUGGGGUUGCCAACUUUAUAUAUAUAUACAGUGGUACCUCUAGUUGCAGACGUGAUCCGUUCUGGGGUGCUGUUUGCACCCCGAAAAGUCCGCAACUAGAGCGGCGCUUCUGCGCAUGCGCGGAACACACAGAACGCUUCUGCGCAUUCAGUGAAACCUGGAAGUAUACACUUCUGGGUUUGCCACGUUCGCAAGCUAAAAAGAUGCAACAUGAACCUAACGCAACAUGAGGUCUGACUGUACUGAUUCCUGAUGCUGUGCCUUUAAGAGCAGAUUAUGCUGCAGACACUAGCAAGUGAUAAUGGUUACUUCCAUGCUGCCAAAAACGUCACAUGUGAAUUUCUGCAGAUCAAACUGCUAACAUCUGACCAGGAUGUUGUUGUUCUUCUGAUCAGCUGGCAACCUUCAGGCGGAUAUGGAAGAGACGAGCAAGGCAAGCCUAACAGAUCUAGCUAUAAGCUCUUUGAAAAAAUGUAGCCAUAAUAAGGAACUACCUCUACUAUACAAAUAUUUUCUGAAGCAAUACAAACGUAAGAUAAUUAAACAGACAGGAAAAGGUCCGACUCUUUUUAAAGUUCCCCUAUUUAGACAUCCCAAUUGGAUACAGAGUUCUUCCCCAACCACUUGGUCUCUUCCUCUCUCUUUGCAUCCUUUAACUGAAUUGUUUCAUGCAUUCCAUUGCUGCUUGAUCCCAUGUAAAAUAUAAACCUGCCAGCUUAUGGAAACAACCCUUCAUUUAUCUGACGAAGUAGACUCUAGCCCACAAAAUCUUGAUGCCUUAAUAAAUCAGUUAAGUCUUUAAGGUGACACAGAACCAUUUGCUGGCUUUGUCGCAACGGAUUAACACAAGUAGACCUCUGGAAACUGUGAAGAUCCUGUGAAUUUCUCUGUGCUGGAUCAUGGCCUACAUGCGUAACACGAUAAAUGCUGGUCAUAUAAAUAGUGUGGUGUACAUUGGGUUGUGGCUCUUAAUUAAAAGUACAAGGAAACAAUAUUUCGGCUCUCCAAUGAAUGAUGGACACAAAAGAGGUUUACAUAUACCAUGUGGUUCUUGGUUCAGAAUUGCCCUUCACUGCCAUUGAAAUGCUUUCCCCUUUUUCUCAGCAAAAAGGGAUACAUUCACGGAGAGAUCUGUACCGCUUUUCCAUAGAGUUUUAUCUUCCCCUCGCUGCUCAUACCAGAGCAGGUGGAUUAGGAGAGGUAAAUUAGGCUGCUUGUUGCAGCUAAUAUUCUUUGUUUUAAUAUAGUUUUAUGAACAUGUAAAAUAUUUGUGUAUUUUGCUUUUUAUGGAUACUUAAAAAUCAACUGUUACGGUUACUACAAUGUAAGCAAACUGAAUUAUCAAUAAAGAUAUUUGUACAUUGUUUCAUU